CACUGCCGGCUAUGAAGACCAGCAUCCUGCUUUUGUUCCUUUGGGGGUUGUCCUGUGCUCUCCCAGUAGCCAGGUAUCAUAAUACUGAAUCUGAGAGCUCUGAAGAAUGGACGGGUCAUUUGGCUCAGACACCAACACCACCCUUGGAGAGCAGUGAGUCAUCUGAAGAAAGUAAAGUUAGCUCAGAGGAACAGGCCAAUGAAGACCCUAGUGACAGUGUUGAAUCAGAGGAGGGCCUUGAUGAUCAUCAACAUGUGCAUAGACCAGCUGGUGGCCUCUCUAGGAAUGGAGGAAAAGAAGGAGAUGAUAAAGAUGAUGAUGAAGAUGACAGUGGAGAUGACACUUUUGGUGAUGAUGACAAUGGGCCAGGACCUGAAGAGACACAAGAAGGAAACUCCAGACUCAAAAGUAAUGAAGACUCGGCUGACAUCACACAAUCCAGGGAAGACAGUGCACCGCGAGGGGAAGACAGUGCCCAAGAUACUACCAGUGACAGCAGGGACCUUGACAAUGAGAAUGAGGUGAAGAGCAGGUCUGAGGGAGGUGGCUUUGCUCAAGAUAGUGAGAGUGAGGAACACUGGGUUGGAGGUGGCAGUGAAGGGGAUAGUAGCCAUGGGGAUGGCUCUGAGUUUGAUGAUGAGGAAAUGCAGAAUGAUGAUCCAGACACUAUCAGGAGUGAGAAAGGCAACCUCAGAAUGAGCAGUGCUAGUGUCGAAUCAAAAGGAAAGAGCGAUGAGCAAGCAAGCACUCAGGAUUCAGUUGACAGCCAAUCAAUGGAGUAUCCGAGGAGGAAAAUUUUUAGAAAGUCCCGCAUUUCUGAGGAGGAUGACAUAGGUGACCUUGAUGAUAGCAACAUAAUGGAAGAUGUCAAGAGUGACUCCACAGAAAACACCAAUUCCAAAGAUGCUGGCCUCAGCCAAUCCAGGGAAAACAGCAAAAGUGAAUCUCUAGAAGACAGUGAGGAGAAUCAGUCUCAAGAAGACAGUCAAAAUGUACAAGACCCCAGCAGUGAAUCUAGUCAAGAGGUUGAUCUGCCAUCUCAAGAAAAUAGUAGUGAAUCUCAGGAAGAUGUAGUGAGUGAGUCCAGGGGUGACAACCCAGAUAAUACCACCAGUUACUCAGAAGAUCAGGAAGAUAGUGACUCCAGUGAAGAGAACAGCUUGAACAAACCCUCUAGUUCAGAAAGUGAAUCAAGAGAGGAGCAAGCUGACAGUGAAUCCAAUGAAAGCCUCAAUGACAGUGAAUCCAAGGAAAGCCCAGAGUCCACUGAGGACGAGAAUAGUUCUAGCCAGGAAGGCCUCCAGUCUCACAGUGCCUCAGCAGAGAGCGAGAGUAAAGAAAGCCAGUCUGAGCAGGACAGCCAGUCUGAAGAAGAUGAUGUCAGUGAUUCUCAGGACAGCAGCAAAUCAAAAGAAGACAGCAACUCUACUGAGAGCAAAUCAAGCAGUGAGGAAGAUGGUCAGUCAAAAAACACUGAGAUAGAAAGCAGAAAAUUAACAGUUGAUGCUUAUCACAACAAACCCAUUGGGGAUCAAGAUGACAAUGACUGCCAAGAUGGCUAUUAGCAUCAGCAUCACUAGCUUUCCUAAGAAGUGGCUCUUACAUACAGGAGUCUUGGGGGUUGG